AUUAGAUGUGUCCAGCCUACCAAAAGGAAGGAAACAAAGAAAGAAAAUAAUUUAUCUCUUCCCUGAACCCAAAUUUCCUCCUCUGCUACUUUCUUCCCACCAGACCCCACUCCCUGUGGGUUGACUUUGCCCUUUUCCCAAAAGCCAUAGCCACAACAAGAGAAGAAGCCAAGGGACUCGCAAUCAGAAUCAGAAUUUUGCUUCAAUCGUGCUAGGCUGAUCUUGGGACUGCUUGCUGUUGCCGGGAUCGAUUGAUCGAUUCUCUGCAACUGCAUCUCUUUGCAGCCUCCAAAACCAAAGGUUAGAAAGAUGCGGAAUCUUAAUUUGCUGGUAAUCAUCAUCCGUCGGAGCCCGUUCUAGUACUCAUGCAUAUGGCAGGCUGGCAGGCAGUUGAAAGAAAUGGAAUUGGAGAUCCCAGCAAUAGUUGAAGCAGAAGUUGAUGAUGAUCGUGUCCUCUUCCCUUGCCCCAAUUGUGACAUUCAGAUGGUGCACAGACUGGCGCAGCUUCUGCUUUCCGGCCUGGCCACGGCAUGCGUCGACAGCACAACCUUCUCCUUCUUCUUCUCCUUGGCCAGCGCCAGGGACUCCUCCUCUUCCUCGGUCGUCGCCGUCGAGACGCGCAAGGAGCUGGUAGACUACAUCACGCACAGAAGCACGAGCAUCAUUCUGGACAACACGGAAGAGACCAUGUCCAUGGAUCCAAGCGAGAAUUUAUCCAUCUUCCUGGACGAUUUCGCGAGCACCAAGAGGAAUGUAGUCGUCGGAUGGCUUGGCCUCGGGCUGCCAUACUUGAGCGACAGCCGCGACGACAGGAUCGACGACCUUGUCCAAGAAAUGGAGACGACCCGUUUCUGGCCGAUCCACGCCAGGGAAGCCAUUGCCCGGUCUCUGCUCCUUGUCGGAAAUUUAGAUGUCAGCGGCCGGUUCCAUUGCCGUGAGAAGCUGGAGAGGAAAGCUGCUGAUGCUGAUGGGCAUGUCGAUUGCAGCUUCAGGCCUGUAAGGUGCCAGAAUCAAGGCUGCCGAGCCGAGGUCUCUGCUCUUCGCGCUCAUGAGCACGACGAGGUUUGCCCCUUGAAGCUCCUUCCCUGUGAGCAGCACUGCGAACUCAGCGUCAUCAGGAGUCAAAUGGACAGGCAUUGCAUCACUUCUUGUCCCAUGAAGCUCACCAAUUGCCCCUUCUACCAGCUUGGGUGUGAGUCUGCCUUCCCCAGCUGCAAUCUUGAAUCUCACUGUGCUCAGUUUCUUCAGUCUCACCUCCGGAAAAUCCUGCUUACUCACGUCCCUGUGAGUGAUCGUCAUGACCAUCUGGAUCUGGUGGAGAAGCGUCUUCUACUGCUGGAAAAGUGUGACUCUCAUGCUACGUUGCGCAAAGCUUUGGAUGUGAGGUCUCUUACUAAAGCUCUUGCUGAGCUAGAGAAAAGCUUGAACGGUCAGCCAUGAUGAUAAUGAUUCCUCCGGUUACACGGGACAAAAGGAGGAGAAUUUUUUUUUUGAAUCCUUCAUUUUUAUAAAAUUAUUUCUUCUAGUGUUUUUUGGGAACACAUAUAAGAUAAGAUUAUGUUCUUCCUAUUUCUCACAAUGUCGACUGAAAUUGUAUACAUGAUUACAUUUUUUGAGAUAAUAUAGCUAGACAACUACCAUGUUUGCCUCAAAA